AUCAAACGCUUUUCACAGAGCAUUUCAUAUCACACUAGUGUUGAGUAGACAGCAGAGACAUAAGUUCUGAAUACAUCACGUGUAAAUUUUAUGUGGAGGAAUUAGCCGCAAUCAGUAAACUCGACAGUUGUGUGUGUAUAUGUGGCGCUGAAAACGUUUUUUUUUUUUUUUGUAGUCGGAGAGUUUAAAUUCUCUCCGUCUUCUUCGCGAACAACCAGUUACGAUUCUAUUUUAAACGAAGUGACUAUUUAGCAUUUUGUUUUACAUUGCAAGAAUAUAGAAGAAACAGAAGAAAUAUUUUUUAUACAAUCUCUAUUGGAAUGGACGUUUCAUGGUCGAUGAAGUGAAGCAAAAAACACAAGUGUUUUUUUAUAAUUACAUAGUACAGAACGCAUACGUAGAGUUGCGCAGAAGUACAGUUUCUUAGAAAAUCGCGCGGAGUUUUGUUUCUAAGCUUAAUUAUCCGUGAUACUGGCAAAGAACAUCGAAAAUGUGGCACAAAUCGUGCACCAGCACAGCACGUCUCGAUGGUAAAAUCGCAGUGAUAACAGGUGCAAAUACCGGAAUUGGCAAAGAAACCGCCAGAGAAUUUUACAGAAGAGGUGCGAGAGUGCUUCUGGCUUGUCGGAAUGUUGAAAAAGCAAAGAUGGCAUUAGAAGACAUAAAAAAUAAUCCAUUUUCAAGCAACGGCAGACAGAAUAAACAGUUCGCGGAGAAGCUAGGCGAACUUGAAAUAUACCCGUUGGAUCUGUGCUCCCUGAAAAGUAUAAGAGAAUGCGCCAAGAGUAUACUAUCGAAAGAACCGGCUAUUCACUUGCUGAUCAAUAACGCCGGUGUAAUGAUGCCUCCUUAUGAAAUAACCAAGGAUGGAUUCGAGCUGCAAUUUCAAUCAAAUUACUUGGGACAUUUUCUUCUAACGAUGUUGUUGCUACCAAAAAUCCAAUUGUCCGCUCCUGGUUGCAGAAUAGUCAAUGUAUCAUCGUUGGCUCAUUACUUUGGUAACAUACAUUUCAAUGACCUAAACAUGAAAGACUUCUUCAAAUUAACGCGCCCUUUACGCGCAUACGGGCAAAGCAAAUUGGCUAACAUAUUGUUUACUAAGGAACUUGCACGCCGAUUAAAAGAAGCUAAUAUUGACGGAAUAAACGUAUAUUCCUUGCAUCCUGGUGUUGUGAGAACCGAAUUAGGUCGGUCUUUCAAUAAAACAAUAAUUCCAGGCGCAACGUUGUUCUUUCGGUAUGUCAUGUUACCAUUUAUUAAGAACCCCAUGCAAGGAGCGCAAACAACGAUAUAUUGCGCAAUUAGUGAGAACACGGCGAAUGAGACUGGUCUUUAUUACACAGAAUGUAAAGCUGUCACUCCGUUUUCGAAGGCAAUGAACUUCACAGUGGCUAAAAAGUUAUGGGACCAUUCCUGUCGACUUUUAGACUUGGAACCUGACGAGAAUCUCACUACAUUUUUGACAACUGUCUCACAUCAACUCAACGAAUAAUAUUUGUUUUAAAUAGUUAAGAAUAUUUAAAUAGAUAAAAAAUAUUCUAACACGUUUUAAAUAUGUAUGUAGAUAUUAGUAUAGUAAGGGUGUCUUCGAUAACGAACGUGUUUACUGCGCCGGUAUGAAGGACUUGUCAUGAUACACAGCUCUCGAUAGCAGUGUCUACAUGCAGGCGCUGUGGUAGUUGGACCGCCACAUCACAUAUAAGUUAAUAAAAUUAUUUUUAAUAAAAACGUGUACGUACAUAUAUAAUGUACUACAGAGAUGAAAAUGGUUUUAAUUUUGGUUUGAUUUAUAUAUAUAUUUUUAUUUUUAUUUAUUUUAAUUUUUAUAUUAAUUAUAAGUGUAA